GCAGGAAGAAGUCCAGGGGGUGUGUUUACUGUUCAGUGUGUUGUUGACAUCCACAGAAGUAGGCAGCCUCACACAACAUGUCCUCUCCAGAGAUCACCUCUCUGUCCUGGGGCCACAUGAAGGUGAAGGGAUGCUCCUCCAACUACAAGGACUGUAAGGUGUGGCCUGGAGGCAGCCGGGCCUGGGACUGGAGAGAGACUGGGACUGAUCAUUACCCUGGAGUCCAGCCUGCUGAUCUGGACGAGGUGCUGAAGAAGGGGAUAGACCUGCUGGUGAUCGGCAGAGGCAUGAGUGAAGCUCUGCAGGUUCCCUCCCCCACCCUGGACUAUGUGACGAAGAAAGGUAUCAACGUCAAAGUCUUCCAGACAGAGAAGGCCGUUGCUGAAUACAACAAACUGGCUGAACAGGGCGUCAAGGUGGGGGGGGUCUUCCACUCCACCUGCUGAAGAUGUCACCUCUGCACCAACCAUCCAAAUUAAUUAUUCUGAUUUCAAAUGUUACUUUUAGAUCAAACUGUGGAUUCAGCACAAGGACAUUUGAUUUUUGAGGCUAAUUUGGUGAAAUAUUAAAGUAGAGUGACCAUUUCUUAGUGGUCAGGUGAAGACUGAUCAUAUGAUGGUGUUGUUUUUAAAAGCUAAUAAAUUUAAAUUUUAGUACAUGUAUUUCUGCUUGUUUGAUACACUCAAAUAAAUGACAAAAUGAA